CACCGCUGGCCUUGUCGAUGGGGCGGCUGUUGGGUGCAUUGGGCGUUCCCACUAGUCGCUGGCAUCAGUCGCCAGGCCGGAUCUCUGCACCCACGCCAGACUUACACGCUGUUGUGCUCUGCUCUUUGACUGCCGACGCCGUUUCUCCAUCAUGUUCCGGGCGCUUGGUCUUGGGAAUGGUCCUCUGGGGUCGUACGGGAACGUUGAAGCCCGCCAUGAUCCCUUGUUGCGUUCAGGAUGUGAUCGUGGAAGAGGACGAAGAAUGUGAAAUGAAGACAACAGGCAGCAGGAAGAUACUGCAGUUUCACAGUCUGGCCACGCAUGAAUUUCCAAUGCCACUGUACGUGCUAGCUUGGCAGACCGUCGCUGGUGAGGUGGCGGCACAGUCCGGGACCUGAGAAGAAAUCUCCCUUUGGUACAUCACAAACCUUCGGUUCUCGACCACUAUCUCUCGCGGCCCAGUGCACCAAGGAAAAAAAAACUCCUGUCAGCACUCCAUCUCGCAGCUUGAAAAGUCUCCAGCCGCAACCGUCCUCCAUCACGAUUAGCGCAUGGUCAGGAGUGAGCCCCUAUAUAUAUGGACAUGCAACCACUGGAUCAGCACGCUUUCUCUGCACCAGGGCACUUUUUUCAAUAUCUCUUGGAGAUCAUCUCCGGUCACAUCGGUUGGUAGACAAUGCAUUACCACGGAUGAUCUCCAGUGAGCCGGUUCAUCCGAGACAGCAACGUGGUCCGCAGAUAGGCAUCGUGCCUGCCGCUGGCUACACUCUUCAAACGAAGUCUUUUUUGCCAAACCUCUCAAAUGCACAAGUAAUUUGCACCACCACUGCCCGCACUUCCAAAGUCACAGACGUUCCCGACUCCAUUUCUCAACCAUCAUCGCAUCUACCCACUCGAGGAGAAAUGUCACAACAUAUCAUGGCAUCUGGCCUCACAACUGUCCUGGCCAAAGCCACAACCACGAUCCAACCCCGAAACACCCACGAGGAAACGACCUGCAACGCUCUCUGCAAAGCCCAACUCUUCGGCCUAAUAGCUCUCAUGUCAGUCUACCUGGUCUCAUCCUUCGUCAUCCCCGCCAUCUCCUUCAUCCACACACACGCCCGAAUCCUCGGCCUCACCUCUGCGGAAAUGGUGCGUGGGAGAUCUUGCGCGCGAGCUGUGCCUCUCAUCUUCCUCUACCUGCUCAGCGGUCCGGGCUUGUACAUUGCGUUUUUCCUGGUGUUUGGCUUGACUCCCCUGGCGGGCUUGAAUGAUCCUCGACCGGAGAACUAUGCGCUGGCGAUGUCGAUGGCGAUCGUCUUGGUGCUGGCUGCGCAUGUGGUGUACUCUGGCGCGUGCUGGAUCGUGUAUGCAAUUUCGAGGACGGUCGGGGCAAGAAAGGUGGGAAAUCGGGGGACUGGAGAGGGGAAUUCGAAGGAUUUGGAGUUGCAGGACUGUGGAGGUAAUAUGUAAUAUGUACCUAAUUAUGAGAAGCGGGAUGUGUGCUUGAAUUUAGAUGUGUUCAAGCUAGGAAUCAAUCGAUAAUUGUUAUCCGAGGAAGGAACACGGGGGGCUUAAUGAAUAACAGAAAAAGGACCUGAUAUGGCAGGCAGGUCCAUGUCCAUGCAGCCGACUUUGG